UAAUAAUAUGGUUGACCUCUUAUGGAUCCUCUUGAAAAUAAUCUUGUACCUACUGUUAGCCCUGGUGGUCUAUAUUGGUUAUAUUGGGUUUUACAUUCCUAUUAAGGCCAGGAGAAAGUACUCUCAGUUUAAGAAUGUUCAUGUUUCACAGAAAUUUAUCCCUUUGCUUGGAGAUGCAGGACCUUAUUUGGAGGACACAAAUAAUAAUAGAGCUCAUUAUGAUCAUAAGAGAAGGAUAGAGCACCAAAUGGGUCCUGAUAUUGAUUUAAAGCUUGAGCAGCUAGGAACAACUCCAAUGCUUCUUGUUAUCUCUCAUAAAGCUCUAAAGGAGCUCUUAUCUCAAAUUCCAACAAAAAUUGAUAGAUUUAACUUCGAUAAGCAUAAAGCAAAAAGAAGUGGCUUCUUAAAGACUGCUGCUGGAUGAUUUGUUAACUCUCCUUCUACGAAACGAAUCCUUGAGAGGAGGAAGAACCUCGCUAAAAUGUUAAGCCUACGCUCUGUCUCAAAGCAUCUCCCUAUCAUAAUCAAAUGUGCUGAAUUUUUGUUGAGCAAGAUGAAGAAGCAAAAGGAAGUAAAUAUUACCGAGGAGAUCACUCUAUGUACUAACAGGAUAUUAGUUAGUAUCCUAUUCGGACAGGAUUUUGAUAAGAAGGGAGAAGACUCUUAUGAAUAUGUCCAAGCUGAUGGAACCAUCACUUAUUUGGAUAUUUGCUCCUACUUCUCUAAGUUUGCAUUAGAGAUGGCUGAAGAAUCAACAAAUCCUUUGACAUUGUUUUUCCCAAUUAUGAACAUCACAAACGUUGUAAAUCCUUGGAAGAGAAAUCAUAAGAAUGGUCAGAGUCUGUAUCGUGCUGUUAAGCAUAUUAUCGCAAACUCUCAAGAUGAAGACUCAAUGUGGAGCAAGAUUUCAAAGGUAAGUGACUUCACAGAUCAAGAAAUUCUUCCAGACUUGAUGAUCUUGUUGCUUGCUGGCUCCGAAACGACUGCAGACAACUUUACCUCUGUGUUGUACUAUCUCAAGAAAUAUCCUGACGUGAAAGCAAAAUUGAUGAAAGAACUUGAAGAAAAUGAUAUCACCCCUGGAUGUAAUGCUCUUGAGAAAAUAACAGUUGAAAAUAUCCAAGAAUGAGACUAUCUUUCCAAUGUGGUCAAAGAAUCUUUGAGAAUCGAUCCUCCACUUUUGUUCAGUUUAUCUUAUGAAGCUUAUGCAGAUACAGAAAUAUGUGGAGUCCCUAUUGAAAAAGGAACAGUUCUCCUUCAAACAAUAAUUGACUCUAACACCAACCAUUCUGACUGGCUUGAACCAAAUGUUUUUGAGCCUGAAAGACAUAACCCAGAAUCAGAGUUUUACAAUGAGUCUAAGAAGAAAGAGAAAAUCCAAAAUGUGUACUCUAGAAGAACAUUUGGACAUGGUCCAAGGAGUUGCCCAGGGAUGAUCCUGGCUACUCUUGAACUCAAGAUAUUCACUGCAUAUUUCAUAACCCAGAUGGAGUAUGAUGUCGCUGAAGAAGAUCUUUCAAACGACCAUAUUGGGUUUGGAAUCGGAGGAAAAUUUAACCCAAAGUUCAAAAUCUACUAA